CGCAGCCCCCCGUGCAGGGCUGGGGCCCCCUGCGAGCUGCAAGGGAAAGGGGGGGGUGGUGUGGUGUGUGUGUUUGCCUGGAAGGAUGGAACAGCCUGGAGAAGGGAGGAGGAGGAGGUGGUGGAGGCUGGUGGGGCAGGAUGCUGGCAGCACCCCCACCUCUAGCAGCAUGGUGGGGUUUGCCUCUUCCCUGCCGGGGGGGGACCCCCCCCCAGCUACCCCCGUGUGCUCCUGAGAUGGGGUGGCAGGAGGCAGUGGGUCCCGGGCCCAGCCUGUGCUAAUUAGGAGUGUCAUUAAAAGGGCUGAUAAAGGGGGUUGAGAGAGGAGCCCGCCCCGUGGGGAACAGCCAGCUGCACCCAUGGGGGGCUGGGGUGGGGGUGGCUACAGCCUCACUCACCCCGAGAGCAUCCUCCCUGCUGUCCCAUCCCCAAGGGAUGAGGACGCAGCCCAGGGUGCUGUGCUGAGUCCCCGGGGUGGCAGCAGGGAGGGGAACAGCAAGGUGACCCGUGGCCCCCAGGGGACAGGAGCCAGCUCGGGGCUGAGUAACAAGCCUUGGGAUGCAGCCGGCUCUGAAGGGCACAGGGGGGACCCACGGGGCAGGGGGGGCCCCCAGCUUCUUCAGCCCCACAGCCUGUGCCACCCCUGGGUGCCCCUAUCCCCGUGGGGGGUUGCUGGCACCGGCGAUCCAGCAGACCUCGUGGGUGCAGCUGCCGGGACGGUGCCACAAGCAAAGGGUUAAGCCGAGCUCAGUGUUAGGAAGGCUGGCCAGGCUCCCACCCCCUCGAGCGGUGCCUCUGCUCCGCAUCCCCCAUGUUUGAUUUGCACCCUGCAGAGAGCAGCCGGGAGGUAGGGGCCCUUGCCCUGCCGCGUUCCGGGGUCUCGCUGCUCCACGGUACCAAGAGGCCAGGCCAGAGCCGGUGGGACGUGUCUUACGGUAGAGCCUGGGGUACGCAAAGAGCUGACACCAUGAACCAGCUGAUCCUUUGCACGCUGCUCCUCUCGGCCCUCGGGGAGCUGGCUGGGGCAUGUCCCGCGGGCUGCCAGUGCCAAGACCCCAAGACCAUCCUGUGCGCGGCCAGACGGGGCCAGACCGUGCCCCGGGGGCUGCCCCCCAACACCCUCUCCCUCUACGUCUUUGAGAACGGCAUCACGAUGCUCAGCGAGGACAGCUUUGCGGGCCUGCCCGCCCUCCAGCUCCUGGACCUCUCACAAAACAAAAUCACCAGCAUCCAGAAAAACAUCUUCCAGCCCCUGACGGAGCUCGUCAACUUGGACCUGUCCUCCAACCAGCUGCAGGAGAUCACCAACGAGACCUUCCAUGGGCUGCGGCUGCUGGAGCGGCUCUACCUGCAGAAGAACAGGAUCCAGCACAUCCAUGCUGCUGCCUUCGACACGCUGGAGAACCUGCUGGAGCUGAAGCUGCAGAACAACCAGCUCUGGGCUGUGCCCACCCUCGACCUGCCCAACCUCCUGCUGCUGGACAUCAGCUGGAACAAGAUCCCCACCAUUGCGCCAGGGGCCUUCCACGCCAUCAACAUCGAGUCCCUGAAGAUCGCGGGGUUGGGCCUGACGAGCUUAAAUGAGGAGCUCUUCCAGGCCCAGAACAACCUCCACGAGCUGGACGUCUCCGACAACCUGCUGGAGCGUGUCCCGGCGGUGCUGCGGCGGCUGGGGAGCCUCACCAAGCUCAGCCUGGCUGGCAACGCCCGCAUCUCCCAGCUGCCGGCCGAGGACUUCCACAACCUUCACAACCUCCAGGAGCUGGACAUCAGCAACCUCAACAUCAACACCAUCCCUCGGGAUUUCUCCGGCUUCUUCCCCAGGCUGCGGGCCGUGACGGCCGCUGGCAACCCCUUCAACUGCAUCUGCCAGAUGAGCUGGCUGGUGCAGUGGGUCAACGCCAGCAACGUGCUCCUCCGGCGGCCCGAGGAGACGCGCUGCCACUUCCCCCCUAAAAACUCCGGCAAGCUCCUCCACCACCUGCAGUACGCCGACUUCGGCUGCCCCACCACCACCACCACCACCCCCCCGCCCACCACGCCGCGCACCACCACGCCGCCGCCGCCCGCGCCGCUCCCCACCAGCAGCCGCCCGGCGCCGCCGCCCAGCACCGCCGCUCCCACCCCGGCGGCCGGGGCCCCCCAGGGCAGCUCCACGCCGGUGCCCUUCAGCGGCCCCCCGGCCCCCACCAGCCCCCCGCCCCCCAUCUGCCCCCCGCGCACGUGUCUGAACGGGGGCACUUGCCACCUGGGUGCCCAAAACCACCUGGAGUGCCUGUGCCCGCUGGGCUUCGCCGGGGCGUACUGCGAGGUGGAGGCGAGGGGGACGACGCCGGCCCCGGCCACGCCGGCCCCACCGCCCGGGCGGCGGAUCAGCAUCGCGCAGGUCAGCAGCACCUCCCUCAAAGUGGACUUGCAGAACUACGUCCAAUCCAAAGCUCAGCUGAAGGGCAUCCGCUUGAGCUACCGAAAUCUCUCCGGGCCGGACAAGCGGCCGGUGAUGCUGCGUUUGCCGGCUUCGCUCGCCGAGUACACGGUGCGGGCGCUGAAGCCCAACUGCACCUACCGCGUCUGCAUCGGGCCCUUGGGGGAGAAGGUCUCCAAGGAGGAGCACUGCGCCGAGGCGCAGACCUUGCCGGUGAGCCACCAGCAGCACUCCCCCGUCACCCAGAGCAAGGACAGCAACCUCGCCCUGAUGAUCGUCCCCGCGCUGGCCGCCGCGCUGCUGCUGGCGGUGGUGGUGACCGCCGGCACGUACUACCGCCGGCACCGCCGGGCGAAGGCACACGCCGGCGCCGGGGCGGACGCCAGCCCGCUGGAGCUGGAAGGGGUGAAAGCCUGCCUGGAAAACGGGGAUUUGAGCAGCCACGGCCGCAAGGUGCCGGAGGCGGCGAUGCUUUCCGGCGGCUCCGAGUGCGAGGUCCCGCUCAUGCAGUCGCACUACCCCAGCAACAACAACACCCCGGGGCUCAAACCCUCCUAUUUCUGAGCCAGGAGGGACGGGGCAGCCCCGGACAGACGAGGGUUGAAUUCCAACAGCGGCGCCCGGCCGAGUCCCUCCGGGGUGAGGAACGGCGAGGAGUUAAGGCAGAAAAACUCCAAACCCAUAAUGUGCAAUUUCCGAGAGGCUGCCACGCUUUGGGAGGAGACACUAAUUUUACCACUCGGUGCCUUGAUUUCCAUGACUCUACGUAGAACGUGGGUAGCAAAAGAGAGGGGGUUUGGGUUUUUAAUUUGGGGCUCGGGUGGGGUUUUUUUAGCUACUGCUAAAAAGCAACCUGCCGGUGACUCGGCUAAGGGACGUCCACGUGCUGGUAACAGGGGUCCUUUAGCGGAGCACGGCCCGUGACUCUCAACUCCCUGGAAGCUGAUGUGAGCAAUUAAGGCCCGGCCGAGGUGCUGGGACCCUCGGGACCCCCGGGCCAAAGGAAGUGCCGAGCAGGCAAACCGGGAAUUGAAGCUUUAAGAACUCGGAGAGAAUAUUUAUACAUGGUUAUUUCCCAUUUCUUCUGGGAAAAUAUUUUUUUUUUUUUUUUUUUUUUUUUUUUUUGCUGGUACAGGUUUGUGUACAUCUCUUUUGUAAGGCGGACCAGAAGGGUGUCUUUUUGUAACAAAAAAAAAAAAAAAAAAAAAAUUAUAAUUAAAA